AUGGCUAAUCCUCAAUCCUCUGCUGCACAGACUUCUACCAACUACAAAGAGGCGUUUUCGCUGUAUGACAAGCGUGGCAAUGGCCGUGUUGCCCUCGAAUCCCUAGGCGACCUCCUGCGUGCCUGCGGCCAAAAUCCCACCCUGGCUGAGAUCAGAGACCUAGAGAAACAAGUUGGGGGCGACUUCGACUUUGACUCCUUCAGCAAGGUACUCAACCGACCGGGCGGCUUCCGAGACCCUGGCGAACCGGAAGAAUACUGUCGUGGUUUCCAGGUGUUUGACAAGGACAUGACCGGCUUCAUCGGAGUGGGCCAGUUGAGAUACAUUCUGACAAACCUGGGCGAGAAGAUGAGCGACGAAGAGGUGGACGAGCUUCUGAAGGCGGUCGACACCAGCAGUGGGGAGAUCAACUACAUGGAACUCGUCCGAACGAUCCUGGCCAACUAG